UAAUAACAUAUCCUAUUUUGUUAUUAAUUUCUUCUUCUUCUUCUUACUUAGAUCCAUAUAUAUAUAUAUAUACAUACAUAUAUAUAUAUAUAUAUUACACUAAUAUUAGUCAUUAAUUUUUCUGAAAUACAAAAUCAUAUUUACUUGAAUAGCUUGAAAAAUAUGGAAGAAUCGUUUCCUAUGGCAGGAGGUGAUGGCCCAUACAGCUAUGCCAAGAAUUCUAAUCUACAGAAAGAAGCAACUGAGAAAGCUAAAGAAAUUUUGGUGGCCGCCAUAACUGAAAAUGUAGAGAUCAACAAACAUAACAUUUGUGCCAUCUCAAACUCAUUUCGGAUCGCCGACUUCGGUUGCUCCGUCGGCCCAAACACAUUUAUGGCCAUGGAGAUUAUAAUUGAAGCUAUUUACAAAUCCUACCAUGAUAGUACUUCCACGUAUAACCCCGAAUUCCAUGUAUUCUUCAUCGACCAUGUAUCAAAUGACUUCAACUUUCUCUUCAAAAACCUACCUAAGGACCGAAUUUACUUUGCGGCUGGUGUGCCGGGCUCUUUCUACCAUAGAUUGUUUCCUAGGGCAUCAUUGGACCUCGCCUACUCAUCACAUGCAUUGCACUGGUUGUCGAAGACUCCAAUGGAGGUCAUAAACCCUAGUUCACUGGCAUUUAACAAGGGCAAGAUUUUUUAUGCCAAUGCUGCAGAGCAAGUCGGCGAGGCCUAUAAGAAUCAACAUGAAGAGGAUAUGGCAAGCUUUUUUGGUGCUCGAUCUGAAGAGCUCACUCUUGGUGGGCUAGUUGUGAUUCUUAUGUCAUGUAGGGAAGAUGGGAGUUCGCCAACUCACUCCUCGCUCGGCCCUCUUUUUGAACCACUUGAAUCCACCAUUAUAGAUAUGGCUAACGAGGGAAUAAUAAGCCAAGAAAAGCUUGACUCAUUCAACUUGCCAAUUUUUAGUCCAUCACCUGAGGAGAUUAAGAAAAUAAUACAAAAAAAUGGAUGUUUUGAAAUAUUAAAAUUGGAAGUUCUUCCACAAACUUUUUGUCCUAUGAUCACACCAGAACAAUGCAGAAGUGGGUUUGAGAAUAUUAUCACCAAACAUUUUGAUGAUGAUAAUAAUAAUAAUGAUAUAAUAGAACAACUCUUUGAUCGUUACUCCAAGAAAAUUGGAGGAUAUUCUCCUAUAUCUGCGGACGAUAAAACUAUGGCCACUGGAUUAUUCUUGUUGCUCAAAAGGAUAUAAUUAGCUAAAAUAUUAAUAAUAAGCCAAUUUGUGAUGUUUGAAUUAUUAAAUUGUGUGUUUUGAAUAAAAGUUGUGUUAAUGUC